AGCCUCAGGCGGUCCCGGGUCAGCGCUCCCCCUCAUCCCGCCGAUGAGGCGUCAGCAUCUCUGCUGCUGUGCCCCCAGGAGUGGCCUCCUCGGCCCCUUGGACGCUGGCUCGGGAAUGUUUUUCACCUGCAGAAUUACUCUUCCUUAGCUAGCUCACAAUAAACUAUGUUUGGUCUUUUAAGCCCGUAUCAGUGAAUGACAAAACCAUCCAAUUGUGCUGCUGUUGCUAUGUUUGCAGGUAAGGCAAACUGCCCUUACUAUGCCAAAGCUGAACUCCUGGCUGACUAUCUCCAGACUAACUUGCCCAACUUCAGGGUUCACAAGAUUACUCAGCACCCUGACAAGUGGGAGCAGUGGCUUCAUGACAUUUGUGAAACAAAUGGAUGGAAACACAGACAGUCUCCUAUCAUUUGGAGAGAACUGUUGGACCGUGGAGGGAAGGGUCAGCUUCUGGGAGGACUGAAUGAUUUUCUGGAAUAUGCUCAGAAAUAUUAUGGCAUCACUUCAAUGAUGCUGAGUGAGGAGAUGUUAGCCAUUGCUGAGGAGAACCUGCGGGCACAUCUUGAAAUUGUAAGAGAGGAUGAAGAGAUUAAAAGUCUUAUCAAUCCUAUGCAGAUCUGGAUUACCAGUGCAUCAGCUCCAAUCUGUUAUCAUCUGAUCCCGCUGUUGGCAAAUGGAGAAGUGUUUGGGAUGACCACAGAAAUCAGUAUCCAUUUGCUUGACACUGAGCAGUUUAAGGAAAUGCUUCGCGGCAUUGUAAUGGAAGCUGAAGACAUGGCAUUCCCACUUCUCCGCAGUAUUUCAGAGCACACAAAAACAGAUCAGGCUUUUAUUGAUGCUGAUGUUAUCAUUGUUCUUGAUGAUGUCCUCUUAAACCUUGAAGUCCAAUCCCUUGAGAACUACAUCAGAGAAGUGAGUGAGAUCUGCCAAGUGUAUGCCCCCUUGAUUGAGAAGAAUGCCAAGAGUGAGGUCAAAGUCAUUUCUUCAGGAAAAACCUUUGCAAACCUUAAGGCAACAAUGUUAAGGAUGUAUGGCCCAUCCAUUAGGCCUGAAAAUAUAAUUGCCAUUUCAACAUCCUGGGAAAGUGCAGCUAAAGCCAUGCUGGCCAGGAAGCUGAAUAUGAACACAGCAGGAGUUAAAGAUGUGAUUGUUUGGGGCAAUAUUACUGGGUCUAACUGCAUUGAUUUGUCACAUGCAAAACUUUAUGGAUAUGAAUGUGCUAUUCGGGGCCCUCCUAAUUUUCAACGUCCUUUGUUGAAUAUGAUUUAUGAUAGUGAAUGGAUCCACUCAGAGCUGGUGUCGGCGCAGAGCACGCUGGGUUCCCGGGUGUCCCGUUGCAAGGGAAUGUUACCUGCUCAUGCCAUAGCCACGGUGCUGCGGUACUGGUACCAUGGCUCUCCUUCUGAGGAGAUCAUUUCUGUGGGAAUACUUAGUGAAGGUCAGUUUUGCAUUCCUGAAGGAAUUAUCUUCUCUAUGCCAGUGAGGCUCCAGAAUGGGAACUGGGAAGCCAUGACAGAACUAGAAAUUAAUGAAACUACCCAAAAAGUUCUAUGGCGCUUAGGCCACGAGCUGGUUCAGGAAAAGCUCGUUGCACUAAAGGAAAUAAAUGAAAUGCAUCCAUAUGAAGCAGAAUAAAAACUCCACAUCUUCUCCCACGUGUUUCUCUACUGCUUUUCCUAUCAUUUUGCUUUUCAAGUUUUGUCCUCAUUCAUCAAAAGAAGAACAGAUAAACACUAAAUCAUGUUUCAGUUUUGUUUUUUCACUUUUCCCUCUAUUUUCAGGUUGUGAAAUUCCUGCUCUUUUCCAAUGUUCUCACAAUUUCUUUCUAAUUUUCAUUUCUACAGACCUUUUCCCUACUUUGUUUUCUUUCUCCCUUCCUUCAGAUUCUUUUCAGUGCUUUUGUAUCAGCCUAUUCUUUAUUAUGAGCUGUUCUUCGCCAUUAAGGAUGGGCUGAAGAAUGGGGAAACUUUUCCGAGUUAGAUACCCAGAGCCUCUACUGAGCACAAAACCUUUUGGUUUUCCAUGGUUGGUUUUUGGGAAAGGACUAAAGACACAGUAAGACAUUCUUCAUGAAUGCAGGAUUUAAUUAUUUGGCUAACCAUGACCUUGUUUAACCCAGACAGGGAAUUCCCAAUGAGAUAAGAGUGUCCUUCCCUGUCUGCUCUCUACCUGUAUGGCACUGCUGUUCUGUAGAGCUGUCCUGUUCCUCUUGUGUCAGCAUGCAAUGCUAAGCAGAGGCCUUAACACUGCUAGCAGCAAUGUGCUUAGUUGUGGCCUUCUCCUGUGACAUCAGUAUCAGGUGUUCAAGUAUUCCCAAAGUGCCCUGCUUUAUCUCCUUGCAUGUGGAAGUAUUUUAGGAGGCUAGCAAAAAUAGCUCAUGUUUUGCCUUUUUUUUUUUAAACAGAAAUGGAAACCUUACCUACUGGGUCACUUUAGCUAGAGUUUUCUGGAGAAAAAAAGGCUGGAAAUUCUCAUAUUAAAUAAGGUUUCCAUUGCCCAAAAGAGCAAACUAAAAAGAAAGUCUAAACAUUGCUGUAGCUUUUGCAGUAUUUUCCUCAUUAAAAAAAUCUGGGAAAUCUCUAGGUGGAAAAAAAUUUCAAAACCAGCACGAAUGUAACAUUUUUAACCUGUAGACCAAAGUAAAAUUACUACUGAUUUUAAUGAGUCUAAGAUUUCAUUUGCAUCUAACCAUGUGGGUUUUUUCAGACCAAUAAACUAUUGCAAAAACAUAGUUUAAUGCCUAAAAUGUUCAUAUGAAAAAUUUGAGGACUGUCAAAUACAGUGAGUAG